AUGGGAAACGAAAGAGAUCAGUUUCACAAAAAUGGCAGCUUGUACGUUGAACACAACCUAGAAGCUCCGCAGAAUGGUGACCUCAAGAAUUUUGACGAUGAUGGUCGCCCAAAAAGAACCGGAACGGUGAUAACUGCAAGUGCCCACAUCAUAACGGCGGUGAUUGGGUCGGGAGUGCUGUCGCUAGCAUGGGCUAUAGCUCAGUUGGGUUGGGUCGCCGGUCCGGCGGUCCUCCUCGCAUUUUCCUUCAUCACCUUCUUCACUUCCACUCUUCUCGCCGACGCUUACCGGGCUCCCGGUCCGGUCACCGGCACCCGAAACUACACCUACAUGGACGUUGUUAACGCCCACCUCGGAGGAUUUAAAGUAAAGCUAUGUGGACUGGCUCAGUAUAGUAAUCUUGUCGGAAUUACAAUUGGAUACACUAUUACAGCUUCCAUUAGUAUGGUGGCGGUCAAGAGGUCAAACUGUUUCCACAAGCACGGUCACCACGUCAAGUGUAACAUAUCAAAUUACCCAUUCAUGAUCAUAUUUGCAGUCAUACAAAUUCUUCUCAGUCAAAUCCCAAACUUCCACGAGCUCUCUUGGCUUUCAAUUAUGGCUGCUGUCAUGUCUUUCGCUUAUUCUGCUAUUGGUCUCGGACUCUCGCUAGCCAAAGUCAUUGGCGGUGCACAUGCGAGGACGACGUUAACAGGAGUGACAGUAGGGGUGGACGUGUCGGGGUCGGAGAAGGUUUGGAGAACUUUCCAAGCCAUCGGAGAUAUAGCUUUUGCUUAUGCCUAUUCAACUGUCCUUGUUGAAAUCCAGGAUACACUAAGAUCGCACCCUCCAGAAAACAAGGCCAUGAAAAGGGCUUCUGGUGUAGGAGUUUCAACCACCACCUUAUUCUAUUUCCUUUGUGGCUGUCUUGGAUAUGCAGCAUUUGGAAACAAUGCCCCUGGAAAUUUUCUCACCGGAUUCGGGUUCUAUGAGCCCUUUUGGCUAAUUGAUGUUGCCAAUGUCUGCAUUGCCAUCCAUCUUAUUGGUGCAUAUCAGGUAUUUGCGCAGCCACUUUUCGGCUUUGUUGAGAAACGCUGCGGCGAAAAAUGGCCAGAAAGCAACUUCAUAAAUAAAGAGCAUGCAUUUAAAGUGCCAUUUUUGGGUACUUCCUCCAUUAACAUGUUCAGGUUGGUGUGGAGGACAAUAUAUGUGAUAAUAACAGCAGUCUUAGCCAUGAUCUUCCCCUUCUUCAACGAUUUCUUGGGCUUAAUUGGAGCAGGAUCCUUCUACCCUUUGACUGUGUAUUUCCCAAUAGAAAUCCACAUUGCCCAAGCCAAGAUACCCAAGUAUUCUUUCACUUGGAUAUGGCUUAAAAUACUCAGCUGGGCUUGCCUGGUUGUAUCGCUUGUUGCGGCCGCCGGAUCCAUUCAAGGCCUGUCUCAAGAUGUCAAGACAUACAAGCCUUUCAAAGUUCAAAAUGAAUAA